AACCCGGAAGUGUUGUGUUUGGCUUACGCAAAUGCAACGGCGUGUCAACAUUGCCCAGCAGUAGAUGUCUUCACUUUGACCCAGAUAGAAAGUUAAUGCGAGCCUUACAAACAUGAUAAACCCCCGGUGACAAGUCGAAGAUAGUUAGGUAGCCAUCUUUGCUGAAAAUGAUCGUGUUUAGCCUGACUUCCGCUCGUCAAAGUCUCGGCGUGUCACUGAAACUGAUGAGGCCUUCACUUCGCCUUAGGAUCAGGGGACAUUUCUGCCCAGAGAGUCACGUUAGAGAGGCAACACGACCGUACAGCUCUCAUACACACAAUCCCAAGGUACCAAAGGCUGCAACAUGGGAACCAGUCCUGGAGGACCAGCUUCCCCCGCCUGCCAAAAUCCCUGCUGACCUGGUGGACAAGCUGGAGAGACUGGCCUUGGUGGAUUUCCGCACCAAGCAGGGCCUGGUCUGUUUGGAGAGAGCGAUACGAUUUGCAGACCAGCUUCAUGUAGUGGACACUGAUGGAGUAGAGCCAAUGGAUUCAGUUCUGGAGGACAGAGUACUGUACUUGCGGGACGAUGCUGUGGUAGAAGGGGACUGUGCAGAGGAACUGCUCCAGCUCCCCAAAAGCACAGUGGAGGAGUACUUUGUGGCUCCACCAGGAAACAUUCCACUUCCAAAGAGGGAGGAGAGGACUGCCAUGUUGAAACACUCAGAGCUCUGACCUUUAACUUCCUGAAUUUGCUCUUGAUAUGUAUUUAUAUAUUUAUUAUGAGGUUAAAUGGGGUGAGGCGAUAGGUCUUCAGAGAGACAUGUUCCAGUGAUUUGCCUGUAAAACAGACUGUGGCCUCCUCACCAUGUUUGUCAAUGUCAGGUGUGAGUCCAGCUGUUAAAGUUCAUGUUCACUAGACAUCAAGUCCAACUGUAAUUCACGAUUGUUGAAUAAAAAAUUCUUUGCUGUCUUUUGUUAGGAUCAGCAA